UGCUUUUAGCCUGUUAACUCAAAAACAAAAACAGAGGUUUUCGUGUUGAAUCCCCCCCCCGAAAAAAACGAAAUAAUUUCACGAGUCGCUUUGAUUGUGUCCGGCGGACAUAUCGGUUAUCUCCCCGGGGUUCGUCAGGACUGAGGAGAAGAUAGACUUCGCCCGAGAUGGAGGACCCUGGUGGUAGCGGAGCAGAGUCUGUGGCUCAGUCACCAGCAGGUGCAGCCAAGUCAAAGCUGGACACACUGUCCAAAGAUGACCUUAUCAAGUUUGCCAAGAAGCAAAUGGCUGGCAUGCAGAAGAUGAAGAGCAGAUGUGCAGAUUUGGAAAAGGAAGUUGAAGCCCUCAAACAGCAACCCAAAAACAGUAACAGCAGUUCAGAUGACUCCACUCUGAUACAGGAGCUGACUGAGAGGAUGGAUGCCUUACUACUGGAGAAGGCAGAAACUCAGCAAAGUCUUGCACUAUCUCGUAAAGAUCUAGAGAGGAAUAAGCAGCAAGCCAAGGAUGAUCUUGCGGUGCUCCAAGGAGAGCUUGACCGUGUAAUAGAAGAUUACCAAAGGAAGCUCAAGACCCUAGAGAACAGCAUUGAGGAAUCCAACAACAAACACCAAGAAGAAGUGUCUUAUUUCCAGAAAUUACUGAAAGAACGAGAAGAAAGUGACCGGGAGAGGGAGAGUGAAAGAGAGAGGGAGCGCCUGGCUGAACGUGCGAGUGCCAAAGAGAGCGUUGAAGAGGUCCGCCGUCACUUAGAAGCUCAGCUAAAAACCCUUCGAGCCGAACUGGAAGCGAUCCAAGAGCAAAAAUUGCAGGAUACUGUUGAGCUGCAGGAGAGCCACCAAAGGAAGUUGACCGAGGCCCAGCAAGAGGUGGAGAACCUGAAGGAGGAGCUCGCUCAGAAGAGUCUGCAGCACGAGGAGGAAAUGAGGGCUCUGGAAGAGGACUGUGAAAUUGAGAGGGAUCGCCUCCUGUUGCUCCACGAGGAGCUGACUGAGCAGCUCGCUCUCAAAGACAGCUUCCUGCAGGAUGUGCAAGAGGAAGACGAGGAACCUCCUCGUGGUUCGGGGAUCGCCAAAAUGCUGGAGCUGUCUGGCUGCAGUCAGGGUGACUCCAGCCACGUUGAUGGAGAGGAGACGGAGACUGGAAAACUGAGGGCAGCCCUGGAAGACCUUCAAGCCCAGAGCACCAUGUUACAAGAUGAGCUCACCCUGCUCAGUAAUGUGAAGGGUGAGCUCGAGGCAGAGCUGGAGAGGACCAGAGAGGAGUUCCAGAUGGAGAGAGAAGAGCUGGAGUUCAAAAUCAAUGAACUGCAGAUGAACCGUGAAAGCACUGCCAAUGACCCAGCCGUAACCCUGGACCCUGACCAAGUCCAAGGAGAGUUCCAGCAACAGAGUGAAGCAUUCAAAGACGAAGAGGACACCCUUCCAGGUGAAUCCAAAGAGUCAUCAAUAAGUCCUGGAGACCAUAACCACUUGAAUCCAGAGGAGCUGAGGGCCCAGUGUGACGCCUUGACCAGAGAGAGAGACUCUGCCCUGGUUGAGUGUCAACACAUGAGAGACAUACUGCAAGGCGUGGAGACAGAACUGGGUGAGAAGACGAGAGAUUUUGUUCUUCAGUACAAAGCCAUGAAGGAGAAGGGAGCCAGUACUGUACAGGAACUCCAGGACAAGAUGGAACAGCUUAGCCAGGAGAGGGAUGAGCUGUUGGAGAAGGUGAGAGAGGUUACAGAGGAGAAAAACACUCUGACGAUGAGCGUACAAGACCUGAAGCUGAAGCUUGAAGCCUCCGCUGGUGAGGACCAGAAACUCCAGUCUUCUGUAGAGGAACAAACAACUUUAGCGUGUGAGCUGAAGCAAUCUGUGGAGGAACUGACCAGGCAGAAUGAGGAGAUUCUCUCCCAACUGCUGAUGAAGGAAAACAUGAAAGAAGAGCUGAAAGAGAUGGUUCACACGCUGCAGGAAGAGCGAAACAGUAUACACUCCCAGCUCCAGCACAGAGAAGAGGAAAUUCAAAAGCUGAACGACGAGAGAGCAAAAGAGGUCGAGAGGCUGCUAGAGGAGAAAGAGAAAGAGAAACUUUUGCAUAGAGAGGAGAAAGAGAAUGAGUUGAAAAGCCUGAAAAAAGAGAAGGAGGAUGAAGUGCAACAUCUAAAAGAGGAGAGAGAAAAUGUAGAAGAGUGCCUGAAGGAGGAAGUAAAGAGACAGCAGGAGACGGUUUCAGCUUUAGAGCUGACUAUCAAAGUACUCUCCACAGAAAAGACUGACCUCCAGCAGAAAUUGGAAGAGGCAUCAUCUGAGCUUUCCAACGCCCAGGAAACAAGGGACCUUUUGGCUUCCAAGCUGGCAGCCCUGGAGGGGCAGUUAGAGCAGGAGGCGUCGGAAAAGAACCACCUAGAGGCGAAGUUGAAUUCAUUGGCAGAGGAGGCAGAGCAGGCCCGCGCCACCAUCAGAGCUCUGGAGGAAAAUCAGUCUGAAGCACUCGGAAACUCCACCGCAGAAGUUGAGGAGCUCCGAGCACGUGUAGAUGAGUUGGAAAAGGAGAGGAGCCUGUUGAGGAGCAGUCUUGAGGAGGCUCAAGGUGUAGUAACAUUAGAGGAGGUGCAAAAGGAGCUCCAGGCUCGUAUCACAGACCUGGAACAGGAGAGGAGCAUGUUGAGAAACAACCUGGAGGAGGUGGUGAAGGAUACCGAAGGGCUGCAGAAAGACCUGGAGGAUAUGAAGUCAGUCAAUGAGAAGAUCAAUGAGGAGAACAAGAAACUGCAGGCUCACAUUUCUCUGAUGACUGAGGAGAAGGAGGAGAAAGGGGAGAUUGAGAAUAUGGAGAAAGAGAGAACAGAGCUCAGAGACCAGCUGAAAGAGAAGGAUUCACUCAUAUCUCAGUUGAGAAGUGAGAUCGCCGCUCUCCAGGAGUCUGCGGCUCAGUCUACUUCCUCUGAGGAAAACGCAGCCAGUGAGAUCACAAAGAAAUUAGCUCUACUGGAGAAAAACCACAAAGAAAAGGAUGAGAAGAUGAACAAAAUCAAGGCAGUGGCUAUUAAAGCGAAGAAGGAGCUUGACAUCAGUAAGAAAGAGGUUGCAACCCUCAAGGAGGAAGUAGAAUCACUGAAAGCAGACAGGGAGAAAGUGAACAGCUCUAUGAAAGAUAUCAUCCAUGGGGCUGAAGGCUACAAGAACCUGCAGAUAGAUUACGACAGGCAGACAGAGCAACUGGAUAAGGAGAGAGAGAAGAUGGAGGCGGCGGAGAGACAGAUUGCUGAGCUGACCAAACGACUCAGCAGUGCUGUCACACAGACUGAGACGAUGAGCAGUGAGAAGGAGGACCUGCUGACCAGCAUGGACACUGCGAGGAACACACUGAGGCAGCUGGAAGCCCAAAACCAGGAGCAGCAAAGACAGUUAGCCAAUGUGGACAGAGACCUGCUGGCUGAGAGAGCUAUGAAAGAACAGAAGAUCAAGGACUUGUCAUCUGCCAUGAAGGAGGUAGAAGAGCUGACAGCCCAGCUCCGCAAGCAGCAGCAGCAGUCUCAGCAGACUGCCCAGGAGCUGGAGCAGCUACGCAAGGGGGCGCAGCAGAGCUCUCUUAUGGACAUGGAGAUGGCCGACUACGAACGCCUGGUGAAAGAACUCAACACCAAACUCUCAGAUAGAGAGGAGUGUGCUGAGGAGUUAAAGGCCCAAAUAAACUCACUGACCCAGAAGGAGGACACACUCAAACAGGAAAUUGAGGCUUUGAAGUCCCAGCUGGACCAGGGGGAGGAGAAGACCUCCAAGAUGAAACAGCUGCUGGUGAAGACCAGAAAGGACUUGGCCGAUGCCAAGAAACAGGAAAGCUCCCUCAUGAUGCUGCAGGCCUCUCUGAAAGGAGAGCUGGAAGCUAACCAACAGCAGAUAGAAAGCUCCAAGCUGUUGAAGAGUGAAGUGCGUCGCCUGGAGCGAAACCAGGAGAGGGAGAAGAGUGUGGCUAACCUGGAGUAUCUGAAGAACGUCCUGCUGCAGUUCAUCUUCCUGCAAUCUGGCAGCGAGCGGCAGGCGCUUCUGCCCGUCAUUUACACAAUGCUGCAGCUCAGUCCAGAGGAGAAGAGCAAACUGGCUGCCAUUGCACAAGGUGGGGAAGAGGGGCCCGGGACUCGGGGCUCAGGUUGGUCCUCUUAUCUCCACAGCUGGUCUGGGAUCAGGUAGACUUGAUGAUCAACCAACCCGAGAAAAACAAUAUAAGGAGGAGGAGGAGGAGGAGGAGGAUAAGAUGUUACUGGGCCUUUUUCUGUGAAAACCUGUACUAAGCAGCGAUGCUGUACAUUCGAAAUAGUGGCGGGAAGUUAAACUGGGGCAUUUACAAACCUUUUUCUGGGACACAAAAGAAGGGACCAAGGAAUGUAUCAGAAAAUAAUGAAGUGUGUGGUAGAGAUGAAACCAAAACAUUUGACAUGAAUAUUGAUUUGAAUUUGCAGUGCAAUAGUUAGUCUCUUACCACUGAAUGUUAACUGUGACAAAUUUCUGUCUUCCUUACUCUAACUAUUGACAACAAUAUUUACUGGACACGAGGGUUACGCCUCCUGGAGCUCUUAAGGCAUUACGAAGCAUCGCUAGCACUAUUGAAACAUUGUGAGUGUGUACAAUACAUCAUAUCUAUAUCAUGUUAUAUUCACAACAUUGUAUAAUGCACAUGUAUAGUGCACAAAUUACAGGAGGAGGAUUAUUCAAGGGUUAGUUAGUGACAUGAUUUCUUAAGAUUUUACUUGCACUUGUAAUUGUCUUGUACUGUGUAGCACAGUACACUUAAAGGAUUAUAGUAGAGUUUUAGCUCUUUUGGUGCAUUUCUUUCAACAAUUUCAAGGACAUACUGAAGCGUUAAAAUAUUUUUUUUUGUUUUUCUUUAACUACCUAGAGGCAGCCAUUUUCUUGUAUUCCUUGCAGUGUGAACAAUAACAGGAAACUUGCUCAAUAUAUCAGAAUAAACAUCAUCUCAACAUUUAUUUUUUUUUAACCAGUUGUUGCCUUGAAGGUAGAAAAAAGACAAACAUAAAUGCAACACGCUUUGGAAAACAAUCACCGGUAGUGUCCAGUACUUGUGAUUUAGUUAAUGGCCUAAAACCAUUCACUGUAUCAUUAAAACUAGACGUAGAGUCCGCGACGUAACCCAUCGGUUUCUGAAGAGCCGAUGUGAAGCUCAGUGUGGUCGGCUCCGGUCGUCUUUAUCUUGGCAGUCCCGACUUUGCCGGCUCCUGAUCCAAAAAUGGGCAAAGACGUGGAGCUGAGGCGGGCUGAAUGAAGCCAGGUUAGCUAUUUAACUUUAAGCCUUGAUAUAUUUUAAACAGGUGAGUUCUGUAAAAAUUCACCCAACUUAUGGUUAUCAUAGAUGGAGGAAAUUAGAUAUAGAGACCAAAACUGUUUUUUUGUACGAGGCUGUAAACAUGUUUAAUCCUGCUAUAAAUUUGGGCAUUUUGAUAUGGGGGUUUAUGAAGAUUGACUCCCAUCUGUAGCCCGCCUCCAGUGGCCGUUUGAGGAACUGCAGUUUGUUUUACUUCCAUUGUUGGUUUCAUUUGCAGCCACGGAGGUUGCUGCUUGGCUAAAGCAUGCUAACCAUCCAGUGUGAUCCAUUUAAGUCUCUAUAUCUCGAUCAUAAUCUGAUUUAUAAUACAAAAAAAAGUGCAUUUCUACAUUCUCAGGUUCACCUGACCAACAUGACUGACAAAACAUUAUUAUAAUAGCAUAUUUAUGCUUUUUUUUCUUUUGUUGUUGUUGAUUAAUGCUCACAUUCUUAAAUCAAUUGGAGUUUCUUUGGUUUUUGAUUGAUCAUAUCCUGUAGCGAUGGUUGAUGUGUGAUUUUGUUCUGGUUACUGUGUAAUUUUGUUGUUACUGAUCGUUGUGGUUGUUAUUUAAUGCCAAAUUAUUAUUAUUUUAAUGGUUUCUGUGUCUUUUUUUUGGGAAUACUUUCUGUUUUUAGUCUGUUGUUGUGCUGCUGUUUAAUCACUGGGCAUGAAAGAUUUGUUUCAGCAUCAUCUGUACGGCUGUCUUGUUGAAGGACGGUCGCCAAGACGGCAAGCAUAUCCACCCUGCUAAAGUGUCCUUGAGCAAGACUCCCUAUCAGACCCAUGGGUGCUGCUUUUUCACAGUGCCUGACCACGACCUCUGUCCUCCCUGUAACACACACAUCCACCCACUGUUUCAUCACAUAAAUAAAUUAUUUUUUGCUCACAUCCUACCAAUGAAGAAGAUAACCGGCUUGUUUAUUUUCUCAUUCCAGCGGCAGCUUUUUGUGAUUCCUUCAGCACAAGUGAAUGUAUUUGUAUCGAAUGCUUUUUAUAUUCAUGUUGGGUAACGUCAGCAGAAGCUAUGAGAGAUUACUGUAAAUAUAAAAUGUGUAUCUGUAUGAGAAUUAAGGCGUGUUUACAGUGUUUUAACUAUUUCACUGUAAAACAACUUGUGUUUUUUUUUUUUUCUGGUUAUUUCCAACUGUAAAC